AUGGAAAAAGCGUACGCAAUCAAUCAGGAUAUGUUUGAUGCCGUUUUGGACAUUACAUCCAGCACACUCGGGGGCAAUGAUCCCAUCGAGAAUAAGAUUGUGAAUUCAAUUCUUGAGAAGCUUAUCGAACUUGUCAGGCAAAAUCCACCGCUUUAUGAUGUUUCAAGGAAGGACUAUAAAGAUGCACUUAAAAACACCAACAUUUGGGCCAGCAUUGCUGCCACGCUUCAAGAACAUGGAUUAAUAGGUGAUUUCAGGAAAACGAGAUGGAGAACACUGCGAGAUACGUUUGUGCGGAAAAAGAGAGAAAUGAAAUUAAAGAGAAGUGGAUCUUGCGCUGCUAAUGGGAAAAGAUGGAAGUUCAUGGACAUCAUGCAGUUCCUAGAUGGCUUCACAGAGGAACAUAGCACCGAAAGCAACUUGGAUGUUGAGUCUCAAGAAACCGAAGACAACAAGCCUGAGGAUUCUCCUCAUGGUUCUGGCGACAGUGAUGAAGACGAAUUCAGCGACUCUGGAUUUCCAGAUGAGGAAGACAGGUCUUCAAGCAUCAGCGUACUACCAAAGAGUGCAUCAACCAGGCCAUCUCUCGCGGUUCACUCUACAUCUUUAUCUACAAGGACAUCGUCUCCAUCCCCUUCUUUUACAACAUCGUCUACUCCAAGAACAAGCACACAGAGGAACAGAGAGAAAAGAAACAGCGAUGAUACUGGCAUUGAAAAAGCUAUCAUUGAUCUUUGUACCAGUACUAAGCAGAGGCGGGAAAAUCCCACGCAAACAAAGGAUGAGGAUGAAUCGUUCUUACAAUCCUUUUACUAUAGACUAAAAAAUCUACCCAAAGAUAUUAAGGGAGUAGUGCAGCUUCAGAUGGCGCAGAUAUUCUUUAAUGCAGAAAAUACACAUCUUCCCCCGCAACCAAUCAUGCCUCUGCCUCGACAGUAUGCUCAGUCCUCACAUACCCACACGAACCCACCCCUUCCUGUAUACCGAGAGUACUCCAGUAACAUGGCGGGAUCUGACAUUGUGGCCAUGGCUAUGCAAGAACUCAAUUAA